GCCAGGGUAUUCCGCUUUAGUGCGCGGCCAAACUAACAUCACUUUGCCCGAGUGUACACACGUGGGCCCUCGUUCCCUCUUGGUUCGACUGGUUUUCAACUCCGUCUACUGCCCCCCCGAGCAUCGAUCCUCUCGGACAGAGUCGAACUUUCUUGUGCAGAAACAAGUCCCGGGCUCGUCCCCCCGAAGAAAAGUGUCCGAGCCGAGACGGUUUAUGCGUUAACGCUGUGCAAUAUUUGUCGACGGUAAACGAAACGAUUCAACGUUUGCGUAUGCACACGGCGACAGUGAAAUUUUCUGUGACCCUUUCCCAGAGGAUUCGCCAACGAUCAACAUCAGUUUUAAUGAUCGUCGAACGCGAUGUCUGCUACCAUCUGUAAAACACCUGUCAUCAAUGCCAACGGGACCAAUGCGUCUUGCGAGAAAGAUCGUGACGUAGAGAAGGGCGAGGUUCGAUCAAACGUCGGAGGAGUCUGUUCGCGGCCGACGUCUUCGUCGCGGACGUCGACGUCGGCCGACGGCAGGGUCGAGCUCGAGGACGAGCUAAGGAACAGCAGGUCGAACGCGAGCGUCGCAGUGGAAGUGGAAAUCGGUACAACGGCGAACGAUGAACCGAUAGGAGCGGGGACGGAGGCGAUCACGACGACGACCACGAAGACGAGGACAGAAAGGAGUGCGGCAGGCCGGUGGAAGGCAGUCGGCCGUCUGCUUCGUCGCCUGGCGCUCAUUAUGUUUCUCGUAGCGGGUUUGCUCGGAUGCCUGGCGGUGCUCGCCAUGUACGCAGGCCCCAUUUUCCUCGUGCAAUUGCUGGUCGUCAUACUCGUCGCGUAUUUAGUAUCCGGCGGUCGUUUCCGAUGGUUCUACGUCGCCCUGAAGACUGCGCCCAGGGACAUUAAGGCGAUAUGUGGGUACAUAAAACUCCGUUGGAUCAUUCGUUCGCACGAGAAGAAGAACAGAAGCGUGGCAGACGUAUUUCAACAGCAUGUCCGACGGCACCCGAACAAAGUUUGUUUCAUAUUCGAAGAUCAAGAGUGGACGUUCCAACAGGUGGAGGACUACAGCAACAAAGUAGCGACCAUGUUCAAGACACAGGGAUACAGGAAAGGAGACGUCGUCGCAAUAUUUAUGGAGAAUCGAGUGGAGUUUGUGGCCAUUUGGCUGGGCCUCAGCAAGCUAGGAAUAAUCGUGCCACUCAUCAAUACGAAUCUUCGUAAAAUCGCGCUUCUACACAGUCUCAAAGUGUCCAAGUGUCAGGCUCUCAUUUACAACGCAGAGCUCGCCGAUGCCGUGUCAGACGUCGUGGAUUCGUUGGACUCGUCCAACUUUCCACUGUACAGACUGGGCAAUUUGCUGUCCGACGAUUCCAAGACAUCGAGACUUAACGAUAAAGAUUUGACCGCUGUCUUGGCCGACGUAUCAUCGGCGCCGCCGGUACUUCAAGAGAAAGGCUGUUACAAUGACAAACUGUUGUAUAUUUUCACCAGCGGGACGACUGGUCUUCCUAAAGCGGCGGUCAUCACCAAUUCCAGGUACAUGUUCAUAGCGACAGGUAUAUUUGUGAUGGGAAAGUUCCGGAGCUCGGACGUGAUUUACACACCGCUUCCGUUGUACCACACGGCUGGUGGUGCGAUGGCAGUGGGUUCGGCCCUCCUUCACGGAACUACUGUCGUGAUCAGAAAGAAAUUCUCUGCGAGCGCUUACUUCCCCGAGUGCAUCAAACACAAAUGUACGAUCGGACAGUACAUCGGAGAAAUGUGUAGAUACAUUCUAGCCGUGCCUGCCAGACCGGAAGUCGACCGGCGGCACAACGUCAGAUUAAUGGUGGGCAACGGGCUGAGGCCACAGAUUUGGCCCGAGUUCGUCCAACGAUUCAAAAUACCACAGAUCGUCGAAUUCUACGGAGCUACCGAGGGGAACGCUAACAUCGUGAACGUCGACAAUACCGUUGGAGCCGUUGGUUUCAUGUCUCGGAUAAUUCCGUCGGUCUAUCCUAUCUCUAUCGUCAAAGUGAACGCCGAGGGAGAGCCCGUGAGAAACGCUAAGGGUCUCUGCCAAGAGUGCGAGCCUAACGAACCGGGUGUCUUCGUUGGUAAAAUCGCUAACAAUCCGUCUAGAGCGUUUCUAGGAUACGUAGACGAGAAAGCGUCGGAAAAGAAAGUAGUUCGCGAUGUAUUUAGCAAAGGCGACUCAGCAUUUAUAUCAGGCGAUAUUUUAAUAGCGGACGAGUUUGGCUAUUUGUAUUUCAAAGAUAGAACAGGGGACACGUUCAGGUGGAAAGGAGAGAACGUGUCGACCUCCGAGAUCGAGGCCAUCAUCAGUAACGUGAUCAACUAUAGAGAUUGUAUCGUGUACGGAGUCCAGAUCCCUGGUCUCGAGGGCAGAGCAGGUAUGGCCGCGAUACACGACGAGAAAGGUACGCUAGACAUGAACAAGUUGGCCGUCGAUCUGAAGGAGCACUUGGCAAAUUAUGCGAUACCCAGAUUUAUCAGGAUCUUGACAAAGAUCGAUCUCACGGGAACGUAUAAAUUGAAGAAGAAAGACCUCGUGGACGAUGGCUACGAUCCAAGGAGGAUACAAGACCAACUGUACUACCUGAACGGGAAAUCCGAGUACCAAUCGUUGACGACGGAGGCUUACGAUCAGAUUCAACAAGGGAAGAUACGAUUUUAAGUUCUCUCCGAUAAAAAGAUCCUUGGAACAAUUGGGAGUGGGAACGAAUUGUUUCGCUCACCGCGAAACAUGAGCGACGAUCAAGUUUCUCAUUUCCGGUCGUUGUUCCUCCGUCGAUGUCAAUCAAUAAUAUCUGCAUCACGUCGAAAUUCGAACGGUGGGAUUCGGGGGGGGGAGGGGGUUGGUUCGCUUAAACGUAAGAUGAACUUAUUUAUUUUUCACAAUGCUAAAAUGCUGAUUAUUUCCAUUGCGCGCGUUUCCAAACUUUCCGAACGGUUUCGUUUAUACGAUCGAAUCUGUAUCCACAGUCUUCGUAGCGCCGUUAAAUUAUAUGUACAUGUAUAUGACGAAGACCGGAGGACAGUUGUUUCUAGAGAUCGUAUCGAGCCUACAAGAGCGAGCCAUUCAUGCAGCGUACAAAAGACAAAAGGAACACAGUAUCGUUCGGAUAUCUGCCGUCCGAACGGGACUCGGCCUUGCCCGUGAAUGGAGAAACGUCCUUCGACGCGGCGAGCGAAACAGUAGCAAGAAAAACUUGUAUGAAUGGGAGAACUUCUUAGAAUCGUUCGUCCUCCGAGCGCGCCGCAUGGGUAAAAGAAAACAGUGUAGUGUUACUACGCGCGAGCGAGGCAACAAUCGAGAGAGAGAGAGAGA